AUGUGUGUAGUGCAGCUUCUUAAUACUAAAUAUCAGUUAUUCCUCGUCAGCGUUUACGUAGAACCUACUAAUGAUAUGAACAACACACUUAAUCACUUGGAACUUUUUCUUAAGGGUCACGCCAACAAGCAUAUCAUAAUUGGAGGUGAUUUUAAUGGAUGGCAUACUGCUUGGGGCUCCAAUAUUUCUAAUAAAAGAGGUCGUAACGUACACGAUAUAAUUAUGUCAAAUGAUCUCGUAGUCUUCAAUGACGGAAAAUUACCAACUUUUGAGACAGUGACCCAUGGGACAAGCCGUAGUUCCUUUAUAGAUUUGACAAUGGCGUCAGCAAAUAUAUCAAAUAAAAUAGAUGGUUGGCAGGUAAAUAUGAAUGCAUGCCCCUCAUCGGAACAUAAUGCUAUAGACUUCCGUUUAAAACUUAAUAAUGACACGUUACAUCGAAAAAAAGAAAUAUACGACUUACAGAUACAACACUAA